GUGACCUGCCGCUGGACAUGGCUGCCUUGACCGGGUCUUUGGGGCCCCUCUGCGGCCUCGCUGCCAGGUCGACGGCACUGCUGGGGGGCAGGUUGCUCCAGCCUCGGGCACGGCUGGGACCCCCGGAAGCUUGGGGCCUCCCCACUCUGCAGCCAGCCCGGGGCAAGGCGCGCGGGAACGAGUACCAGCCGAGCAAUAUCAAGCGCAAACACAAGCACGGCUGGACCCGGCGUCUGAGCACAGCGGCUGGCGUCCAGGUCAUCCUCCGCCGCAUGCUCAAGGGUCGAAAAUCGCUGAGUCACUGAGGAGCGCGCGACCACCAGGAGACCUUCACCCCAGCAUUUCCCCAAGCUGGACCGCUUCUGGCACGCACCCCACCCCUAUUUGGGUGGAGAAUAGGGCAAUAUGAAUGCGCUCCAAAUUAUGGGAGGAGCCAAGAAGAUUUAGGCUGAGACUCCUGGAAGAGAGGCAGUCAGACUUUGCCAAAUCCCCCUUUUGGAUUUUGAAUUGGGAAGAACUUGAAGAGUAAUACGAAGGGCAGAGGAUGGUAGGCAGCUUGACCUCCAGUAACCCCUGGUCUCUUCCAGAUCCUUCUGUAAUAAUAGACAAAUCACAACGUCUUUUCAUUUGUUCUGUGAAUGAUUCAAAAUGUAUCAAAGAUUAGAUGAUCUCAGCUCUUAUCUCUCUCAAAGUACUUUGGCAGUAAUUCCUAUAAUGUCAUUAAAUGUCUCUUCUUCCGUG